UUUUCACAUCAUGGUCAUCUUCAACUGCAUAAAAGAUCAUACACUGGAGAGAAACCCUAUGAAUGUAAUCAAUGUUGUAAAACCUUUGCAAGUCACCGUACUCUUCAAAUGCAUAAAAGAACACAUACCAGAGAGAAGCCAUAUGAAUGCAAUCAGUGUGGUAAAGCCUUUGCAAUUCCCAGUACUUUUCAAAUGCAUAAAAGCACACAUACCGGAGAGAAGCCCUAUGAAUGUAAUCAGUGUGGUAAAGUCUUUGCAUUUCCCAGUAUUCUUCAAAGUCAUAAAAGAGUACAUACUGGAGAGAAGCCCUAUGAAUGUACUCAGUGUGGUAAAGCCUUUGUGUGUCAGAGUAAACUCCAAAUGCAUGAAAGAACUCAUACUGGGGAGAAACCCUAUGAAUGUAAUCAGUGUGGUAAAGCCUUUGCAUGUCUCACUACUCUCCGAAAGCAUAAAACAACCCAUACUGGAGAGAAACCCUAUGAAUGUAAUCAGUGUGGUAAAGCCUUUGCAAGCCACAUUUAUCUUCAAAAGCAUAAAAAAAACCAUACUGGAGAGAAACCCUAUAAAUGCAAUCAGUGUGGUAAAGCCUUUGUGUGUCACAGUAAUCUCCAAAUACAUGAAAGAACACAUACUGGAGAGAAACCCUAUGAAUGUAAUCAAUGUGGUAAAGCCUUCGCAAGCCACAUUUAUCUUCAAAAGCAUAAAAAAACCCAUACUGGAGAGAAACCCUAUAAAUGUAAUCAGUGUGGUAAAGAUUUCACACAGCACAGUCAUCUUCAAACCCAUGAAAGAACCCAUACUGGAGAGAAACCCUAUACAUGCAAUCAGUGUGGUAAAGCCUUUGCUUGGCAAGGCCAACUUCAAAUUCAUGAAAGAACCCAUACUGGAGAGAAACCCUAUGAAUGUAAUCAGUGUGGUAAAGCCUUCACUCGGCAACUCCAUCUUCAAACUCAUGAAAGAAUCCAUACUGGAGAAAAACCCUAUGAAUGUAGCCAGUGUGGUAAAGCCUUUGUGUGCAAGAGUUAUCUUCAAAAACAUGAAAUAACGCAUACUGGAGAAAAACCCUAUGAAUGUAAUCAAUGUGGUAAAGCCUUUGCAAGGCACAUUUAUCUUCAAAAUCAUAAAAGAACCCAUACUGGAGAGAAACCCUAUAAAUGUAAUCAGUGUGGUAAAGAUUUCACACAGCAUGGUCAUCUUCGAACUCAUGAAAGAACCCAUACUGGAGAGAAACCCUAUGAAUGUAAGCAGUGUGGUAAAGCCUUUGCACAGCACAGGACUCUUCAAAUUCAUAAAACAUCACACAGUGGAGAUAAACUCUAUAAAUGUAAUCACUGUGGCAAAGCAUUUGCAUCUCUGACAGCUCAGCCAACCUGCUCUUCCUUGUCUGGAGACAGUUGCUCCUACAUUCACCAUGGCAUAGCUUGGGGUCCUCCUUACAGCUCCAUUCAGCAGAACAAGAGAAUCCUGGAAAGAACCUGUAAACUACCUCUGGUGCUCCUAAUUGCCAACCACAGUCCCUCUAGGACCACCCAGCUGGGCUUUAAGACAUUAGCAGUUACCCUACUGGUGAUACUGACUUUGACACAGAGUAAGCACUUCCCUGGUAGGGAGAAUGCCAUUAAUAAGAGAAUGCAUGACUUUGUCCCAUGUAAGAUGUUAGCUGCUGAGUGCUGUAAGAUGACACAUGGUGUUACUGCCAAUGGCCUGUGUCGCUAA